UCGAGGAAGGGCUGCUUCAAGUGCGGUAACCUGGGACACAUUGCGGAGAACUGCUCAAGCGAGCAACGUCUCUGCUACAACUGUCGUCAGGCCGGACACGAGUCUUCUGCGUGCCCAUCCCCACGGACCGUCUCCGCCAAACAAUGCUACUCCUGCGGCGGAGUCGGUCACAUCCAGGCCGAGUGCCCUAGCCUCAGAGUGCAGGGAGGAACCCAAAAGUGCUACAACUGCGGCCGCUUCGGCCACAUCGCUCGUGUCUGCCCAGGGGGAGCUGGGGGAGGUGGUUUUGCUUCUCGUAUCGCUCCCCCUGGUCGCGGUUUGAACACCUCGACGUUGCCGCCUGUGAAGUGUUAUCGCUGCGGCGGCCCAAACCAUAUGGCUCGG